CAGGGAGGCUUAUAAAGCAGCCUCCAUACCUGCCUGGGGCAGAGGAGGGCUUGGCUGGGGCUGAGAGUCCACCCGUCCCGGGACGCCUGAGCCCACAGAUUUGGGGGGCAGUGACCAGGACCAUCAUGGCUCAGGUGUGCAGGCUGGGCCUGCUGCUGGUGCUGCUCCUGCCUGCGGUGGGUGCCUCCAUGCCAGGCACCGUGAUCAGACUCAACAAGGCCAUGCUGAGCUACGUGUCCAGAGCCGGGAAAGACCCCCUCCAGCAGGCCCUGCAGGUCCCUGUCCCAUACUUCCUGGAACAGAGAGGAGAGGGGCUUCAGCCCACCAGGAUCCAGAUUCUGGACGUCCACGUGCCCCGCCUUUACCUGAACUUCAUUGACGGUUUGGGGGUACGCUUGCGGGCAGCAGCCAACUUCACUGUCAAGGUCUUUCGAGCCCCCGAGCCCCUGGAGCUGGUCCUGCCCGUGGUGCUGCUGGCCGACGCCCCCGUGACCCAGGGCUCCAUCGGGACCCCUGUGGUCAGCAUCUCCGCCUGCUUGUUACUCUUCAACAAAGCCAUCGUGUUUGAUGACACUCACAGCACGCCCCCCGAGCUGCUGGUCCUGGUGCAGCAACACAUCCGAGCUGUCCUGCGCAACAAGGCGUGUCUGAGCAUCUCCAACCUCGUGCAGGGCCUCAAUGUCCACCUGGGAACUUUGAUUGGCCUCAAACCUCUGGGUCCUGAGUCCCAGAUUCGCUACUUCAUGAUCAAUGCGCCCAACAUCACUAAGGACUACAUUUCCUUGGAUGUCAAUGCUGUUCUCUUCCUUCUGAGCAAGCCCAUCCCCAUGCCCGUGAAUGCCACCCGCUUUACGCUGCCGGAGCACGUAGGCACCAGCGGUGCCAUGGUGACCUUGGGCCUCUCCCAGGACGUGUUUGACUCUGCUCUCCUGCUGCUGCAGAAAGCUGGUACCCUCAACCUGGACGUCACAGGGCAGCUGAAGUCCAAGGACAACCUGCUGAACACUUCGAUGCUGGGCCAGCACAUCCCCGAGGUGGCCCUCCAGUUCCCUGAGCCCAUGCCUGUGGUGCUCAAGGCGCGGCUACGUAGCACCCCUGAGGUCAUGAUCCACACCAACAACGCCACGCUGCAGCUGCAGCCUUACAUUGAGGUCCUGGCUGUGGCCUCCAACUCGGCUUUCCAAUCCCUUUUCUCCAUCAACGUGACAGUGAACCUUAGCCUCCAGCUCUCUGUGUCCAGGGUGAAGCUUCAGGGGACCACGUCUGUGUUGGGGGAUAUCCAGCUCACUGUGGCCUCUUCCAAUGUGGGGUCCAUUGAGAUGCCUAAGUUGCGAGCACUCAUAAACAUCGUGUUCAAGAAGCCCCUGCUGAACCACCUCAAUGCUCUCUUGCGCGUAGGGGUUACCCUUCCCAACGUGGUCAACCUAAACUAUGUCACCCCUGAGGUCUUCAUUCACGAGGGUUACGUGGUGGUAUCCAGCGAACUCUCCUACCAGAGCUGAGGCAGGACGGCUGGGAAGGCUGAGAGCGGGCCGGCUCCCUGCUCCGGGGGCCUCUCUUGUCUCAAGCCACUUGGAGAACGGAGGCAAAGCCACACGUAGCCUCCGACAAGCCGUAUGGCCCAGGCGGGCUGUUCAGUCUUUGCUGCGUGCCUGGAUUCUCCUCCUUCACUCCCUCCCUUCGUGUCCCUUCUCCUUUAACCCUUCCCCCUUCCAUCAUCUAUUCCCUCCUCCCUCCAACACCUCCUCAGUGUGGGGAGCACAUUGUCCCUCCAAGCUGUACAGACCGGUACCUUCCCUCUUGUAUUAAAUAUCUUCUCUUGAGCUGCAA